CAACACUCCCCCUUCCCCUUCUCCCUCCCGAUUCUGCUCCGUUUGGGCGUUUUCAAUUAUAUUUCUUGAUUAUGGUUCCCUGACCACGAUAUCCCAGAGAUCAGCUGCUAAUUGCGCCUUUCACGGCUCCCUCACGUCAUCGAGUGCCUCUGUGAUUCGCUUCUUCACCCGUGCUUCUCGGCAAUAUUGUCUUGACGGCUCCUGAAGGCCUUCUCAGCACGUCAAUUGCCAGUCUCGUGCCUCAGAAUAUCCAGAAUAGGCCUCUUUGUGUAGCCCUUCGAUUUAGUCCUUGCCAAACCCCUCCUCACGACGUCAUCGCUCGAAUCCCUCGUCAAUGCCUCCUAAGCGCAAGCGCUCUACAACCGUCUCGUCCGUCAAGAACUCGGCUAUGGACAUUGCUCAGCCCUCAUCGCGUGACGCUUCGGGAGAGGAUGCUGAGGAUCCCGUGCUCCAAGAAAUUGCGUCGAAGAAAGAGCGACAAAAUGAUGCCUCCCACGUCCCUUCCAAGCGCGUACGGUCGACCAAAAAUGGCAUGUCCGAUGAUGGCGAAGACCUUGAUGGUACCAGCAGGAAGAGCCGGCGAACAUCGUCAAGUGAGAAUAACGCGAAGAAGGCGGCACUAGACCGAGCCGAGCACGGAGAGAACGGAGAAGCUGGCAACAUGAGGAUGCCAGAUCCCCCAAAAGCUGGCUUGGUUGACCCGAACGGCUACAAGACAAAUCCGCCACCGGUUGGGAGACCCGUACGUAUCUACGCCGAUGGAGUUUUCGAUCUAUUUCACCUGGGGCACAUGCGACAGCUUCAGCAAGCCAAGACGGCGUUCCCAGACGUCUACCUCAUAGUCGGAGUGACUGGAGACAAGGAAACACACCGAAGGAAGGGCCUAACCGUUCUCUCUGCGAGAGAGCGUGCCGAAAGCGUGCGGCAUUGCAAAUGGGUAGACGAGGUAGUGGAAGACUGCCCCUGGAUCAUUGCUGAUGCGCCCGAAUUCAUCGAGAUGCACAAAAUUGAUUAUGUUGCACACGACGACAUUCCCUAUGGCGCAGCCGAAGGAGAUGACAUCUAUGCUCCUAUCAAAGAGAAGGGCAUGUUCUUGGUAACGCAAAGGACUGAGGGUCUCAGCACCACCGGCAUCAUUACAAAGAUCGUCCGUGAUUACGACCAAUACAUUGACCGCCAGCUGAAGCGUGGCACUUCUCGUAAAGAGCUGAAUAUAUCAUGGCUGAAGAAGAACGAACUGGAGAUUAAGCGAAAUAUGACCGAGUUGCGAGACAGCAUCAAAGCGAAUUGGACAACGACAGGCCAAGAGCUCAGCAAAGAUCUCAAGCAGUUUUGGCAAUCCAGCCGACCAGCGAGCCCUGCUAGGACUCCAACUCAAGAGAGACAUGAAGGUGCAUUGAUGCCGAAUGCAGCAGUUGCUGCAUCUCCAUCCGCUCUAUCCCGCCUGAGUCACCUGGAUAUUCCACGCGUACCUAGUGCACAAGAGAGAGGAUCUUCCGAGUUCGCUGCUGGAUAUAGCCUUGGAUUGAUUGGUGGCGUGCGGGCAUGGAUGGCGCGGAGCAGGCGAAAUCUGAAUGAUAGUAGGCCACAGAGCCCCUCCAGUGAAGGCAGCUCCGACGAUCAGAGCAUGAAAGAUCCGCCACGAGGGCGAUCUGGCAAACAGCCGCAAAGUGAUGAGAUGGACGUCCGAGCUUAAUAUUCCCGCUUCCCGUCAACGCUCUCUGUUCACCCUAAUCGCCCACCAGUCUUGCUCCCUCCUCACUCACUCAUGCGUUCUCAUUGUGCGCUUGUCCUUCUAGAUCUCGGUGCCUUAGACAUCGAAAAGGGCAAUGGCGGUCAAAACAUCCUAUUUCUUUGGCUCGCUCUAUGCUUGUACUCCACUUAUACAUGUAUGGCAAGCAAACGACAAAUGCAGAUUCGCUGCUGGAUCUGCUGGCUGCCAGCGAAGUACGCAUAUUGCCACAUCUUCGCCCUGAAAUCAUACAUCGUAAUUCACGUCUUUUACAACAUGUCCUCCAGCGCGGGAACGCGAUGGAAUUCCCUAAUAAUAUUCUUCAGC